AUGCUCAAAGACAUCACGUCUCUCUACCCCGGAAUUUCCCUGCCUAUUGUCAAUGUCUUUGUCUCUGUCGAUGCUUCUGCUUCCACGUCUACCUCUACUUCUAACCGUGUCUUCCGCCCGCAUGAAGCCAAGGUCGCUGAGCUCUUUGCUAAGCAGGAUUCAGUCGAGGCAAGGCUGAUUGUUGUGAUGAAUGGCUUUGAUGGGCUGACCACCCACGAAGCUGCUAAUGACGACGACGAUGCAGAAGCAGACCGUGAAGACAGUGGUUGA